ACAGCCGGACAGUAGGUGGCGCUGGUGCGUCAGGACGCGGAUAUUCACCCACUACUGACCAAUCUCAAAGAAGCCGAGACGGCAGAGAAAGAAACAGGAAGAAGAAGACGACGAGCUCGGUACCACAAUGACUUCGACCAAGAGACUAGGGAAGGAGCUUGAUGACAUCCGCAAAUCUGGAAUGAAGCAUUUCCGCAACAUUCAGGUGGACGAAGCAAAUAUCCUGACCUGGCAAGGUCUCAUUGUUCCUGACUGUGCACCAUACGACAAAGGAGCAUUUAGGAUUGAGAUCAUCUUCCCUGCAGAGUACCCUUUCAAGCCCCCCAAGAUCACCUUCAAGACAAAAAUCUACCAUCCCAACAUUGACGAGAAGGGUCAGGUGUGCCUCCCCAUCAUCAGCGUGGAGAACUGGAAGCCAGCAACCAGAACCUGCCAAGUGAUUCAGUGUCUCAUUGCACUGGUGAACAUGCCUCAGCCCGAGCACCCGCUGAGGGCAGACCUGGCAGAGGAAUACACAAAAGACCGCGCGAAAUUCAUGAAGAAUGCAGAGGAAUUCACAAAGAAGCACAGUGAAAAGCGACCUGUGGACUGACAACACAACACUGACACUCACUCACUCACCGUUUCCACUCUGACUCUCUGUUCUCGUCUUCAAACCACAUAGACAUGCCCUGUUCUCAAGUAACCUGAAUUGUUUUAGCACUGUCCAGAUGCUCCAUAAUAGAGAUUUCUGUUUCACUUUGCCAAAAAAAGCAGGACUUUUUGGUGAAUAGACAGGCUCUGGCCUUCCUUUGUUAGCCACUUCUUUCUACUUGUGUGUUUUAAGGGAACUGUCAGAGGUGGCAUCCUGGAAGUUAAAAUAACUCAAAGUGCUGUUCUGCUUACUCAGAUGUUGAAUGUUUUCUCAGAUUAAUCACUAGUUUAUGCAGAGCUGUUGACAGAUUGAAGCUUUAAUUUCAGGAGGAGUUAAAACUACACUCAGCAUCCGCUGCUGUUUCUGUUGUCUCCUUCCUUUAUUUCCCCUUUGUUUCUUUUUUCCGUUGAAAUGCACUGUACUCUGUGAAAUCACCUUUUGCCGUAAAUAAAAAUUAAACUUUGUUAUGCAGA